AUGCCCACAGCCCCGCUGUACCACGUCAACGCGUUCACGUCCCCACGGGCGCGGGGCAACCCCGCCGGCGUCGUCCUCCUCGAGCACGAACCGGACGAAGAGUGGUACGCAGCCACAGCGGCGGACCUCAACCUGCCCGCGACGGCGUUCCUCCGCCCCUUGGAGACGGGGUACGCGAUCAGGUGGUUCACACCGACGCGGGAACUGCCGGUGUGCGGGCACGCCACGCUCGCAGCCGCGCGCGUGCUCUUCUCCCAAACGAGCGCUGGCAGCCUCGAGCUGCGGAGCACCACGGGCAGCCUGGCCGCCGAGCGUGUUUCAGACGCGCGCGUGGGGCUGCGCUUUCCGCUCACGCCGACGACUGUGUCUGCCGCAGCGUGCGCGCGCGUCGGCCCGCUGGCGGCGUCUGCGCUCGGGUGUGCCCUGGGCGCCGUGCUCGCCGUCGCCGAGUUCGACCGGGGCGCGGGGAACGCCGGCGUCGUCGUCGAGCUCGACGGCGCGUUCGACCUCGCGGCCGCCGUGCUGGACCUGUCGCUGUUCAAGCGGCGGGACACGCACAUGGCUGUCGUGACCCAGGCCACGGGUGGCGGCGGGGGCGUGCUGGAGGUUACGAGCCGCGUGUUCGUGCCAUUCGUCGGCGUGGACGAGGACCCCGUCGUGCGUACGCUGCGCGCCACACCACAAUGA